UCGGGGCGGUACGGGCUGUGGCUUCCCCCUGUCGCACCGCCCCGCUGCCUCAUUUCCUGAAGGAAGAGGAAGAUUUGCUACGAGCUCAGCGCCGCUGCCGUCGCACCGAGCUGCGCCCUGCCCUUCGCCAUGCCGGCUUACCAUUCAACUUUAAUGGACUCGGAUACCAAGCUAGUGGGGAACAUGGCACUGUUACCCAUCAGAAGCCAGUUCAAAGGCCCAGCACCUCGAGAAACUAAAGAUACAGAUAUUAUAGAUGAAGCCAUCUACUACUUCAAAGCCAACGUUUUCUUCAAAAAUUAUGAAAUUAAGAACGAGGCUGACAGAACACUGAUCUACGUAACUCUCUACAUUUCUGAGUGCUUGAAAAAGCUGCAAAAGUGCAACUCUAAAGGCCAAGGAGAGAAAGAGAUGUACACGCUAGGAAUCACUAAUUUCCCAAUCCCUGGGGAACCUGGCUUUCCACUUAAUGCCAUUUAUGCCAAACCUACCAACAAGCAAGAGGAAGAGGUGAUGAGAGCAUACUUGCAGCAGCUCAGGCAAGAAACUGGCCUUCGACUUUGUGAAAAAGUAUUUGAUCCUCAGAGUGACAAGCCCAGUAAGUGGUGGAUCUGCUUUGUGAAGAGACAGUUCAUGAACAAGAGCCUGUCUGGACCUGGGCAGUGAACAGACAAAGCAGCACCAUGAAGCAUUUCCACAGCCAGGUGUAUGAAAUAUUCUGCCUUUGUUUUGGAUAUAUUUUGUACCAAGAAAAAGAAGCGUAUAUGAAGAAAAAAGUCAACGAGGGGAAGAGGGGCGUAAAGUUAAAAGAUCAUUUGAGUACUGUAAGCAAGUAAUAUUAAGCUGGUGCUUAAUAAAUGAUUCCUAUAAUGCUGUUCCAGAUGCAGGCUGCUUUAUUAUCAGUGGCUACAGUUAGCAUUUACAGCGGGGAGUUUAAAGAGAAGCGUUUGUGCCUGGAGUGGUGUUAAUUGCUCUGCUGGAUGGAGUCUCAAUGUUGUGGUGAAUGCAGUGAUUUUUUUUACCUCUUUUUUCCCCCCUCCCCAAUAAACUUAGCUUGUAAUUAACAUGA